AUGGCAUUCUACGCUCCCGUCGACAAUAUUCCAGAUCCACACUAUCCCAUUGACCCCCUUGGCAUUGAGAGAAGAUGGCUGAUCGAAGCCCCGAUCAACUCCGUCGAGGUUCUUGAGGCUAUACUCAAGCCGGCAGUGCCUUAUAAGGUUCAUCAAGCCCGCCCGAUACGCCAAUAUCGGCCGGGUCCUCUGACUCAAAGCGAACAGAAUUUGCAAGACUGUCGGAAUAGACUCUUUCUGGACCGCGAGGUAUCGUUUGUAAUCCUUGGCUUUAGGGAAUGCUAUCGCCUCUCCGACUGGUUCGAAAAGCGUGGGUUUUGGAGCCCCCCCUUUAGCCAAUUCACAAUCCCGUGGUUCAGUACGAAGAGGGGCAAAUAUCUCAGCCCUGUGGAGUUUGCGCUGUUUUCCGAGGUGAGCGACCACACCAGAGCAAAUGGUCUCACUCGCGAAAGCGCAACGCGGGCUGUGCUCGAAGAGUUGGGAUUGCUCGGUCAGAGUUUGUCAAGAAGUCUUCUACCUCAUGGCGCCGUAGCUCUUCCGGAGAACUCCACCGCCUGGAUCAAAGGCCGCCCUGGGACAACAAGCGAAUACACCGCGUCUGCCGAGCAGAUCUACGAAGCACGCCGCAGUCAUGACCAAAAGCACCGACCAGCCCUUUCGGCUGAGUCGGAGCACGGACAGACCACCUCCUCCAUGUGCGAAGCCAUUUUGGACGAAUUCUUCGCAGACUUCCUCGCCCGGCAAUGCCAGUCUGAUCGCAGCCAACUUUAA